GCCAAGAGCGUAUCCGUGUCAUCUGUGUGGUUUUUUUUGGUGAGGAAGUAAAAGUUGUCCCUGCCCAACUUCACCCUUUUAGCGAGCGAUCGUGCGCCCCAGAAACAUUUUUACGUGUAGCCUACUGUUGUUGUGAUAGUUCAUGGUGACCUUAAACAAGGUUUGUUAUGAUUGCACAUUUAAGCUCAUCUUGUUUGCUCAUUCUGAUGUGGUUUUACGUUUUGUCUUGCCUGACAUGAGAGGGCAAAGAGUUCUCUCCAAGUUAAACCAGCCAACGCACUGCUUAGUCACCGUCUUUAUUGCCACAUUCUCGCUGGGUUGCUCCGUGUGUGUGCGUGUGUGUGUGCGCGCGAUUGUGUGUUGCUUGCGCGUGUGCGUGCGUGCUUAUGUGAAUGAGUAACUCCGUCCCUGUUGUAAACAGUUUAUUACCAAACCGCCACGACGUAGGUAACUCUACACAGACAGAUUUUGGCAAUAAAUAGUUACCAUAUUUUAUUGUCUAUUUAAUUGUCAGUGUGCUUGAUAUAUAUUUUUGCCAUUGUGUUGGACAAGUCAUUCCCGGGUAAGAUCGAAAUAUAGCCACGAGAAAAGGGAGGCAGGAAAUUGCUUGUUCAUCCUUUAUCAGCAGAAGUGGACAUUGCCCACCAUGCCUGUGGACAGCCCCCGAUCUUCCGUUUUCACAUUCCAGUCAGCGGUUCAUAGUGACCAUGUGCUGCGCUGCCUGGACGAACAGAGACGGCGAGACGUGCUCUGUGAUGUGACCGUGGUGGUGGACAGCCGGAGUUUUCGAGCGCAUCGCUCUGUUCUGGCGUCAUGCAGCGACUACUUCAGUGCCCGCUUCUCCAGCCACGGAGAGGCCGGAGCGGUCAUCAGUUUACCCGAUGAGGUGACUGCGGAGGGGUUUGAGCCUCUCCUUCAGUUUGCCUACACAACAAAACUCCUUUUCACCAAAGAAAACAUCCUGGAGAUUCGGAACUCUGCCACCGUUCUGGGCUUCAAGAACCUGGACAAUUCAUGCUUUGAAUUCCUCAUUCCUAAGUUCUUUGACAACACCAAAAAUGCUACCAACACACCGAGGAAACAGUGCUGUCUGAGGAAAAAAUCCCCUAAGCCAGAAAAUGAAACCUUUGCUUCAACCACAGACAGCGAUGCUGAUACCAACAAAGCGACCUCACACGUGGCACUGGAUGAAGAGGAGCAGCAGGUUGAAACUACUUCCAAACUCCUGGAUCCUCCACAGCAAAGCUACGAUGAUGCCUGUCCAGACAUGGACACACAGACGGACUAUUCUCUUCUGUGCAAGUACCGCAAGUUUCAGAUGGCAUGUAUGGAGGCCAGUGGCCCCGAGAUGGUUUCCAUGUCCGACGACGGGUUCCCCUUGAGUUGUGUUCCCUGCACUAGCAGAGACGACACCAAGGAUUUGGAAGAGCCCACGUCGAGCAAAUAUGUCCCUGUGACAGAGGGGUGUGACUUUCUCACCUCGGGAAGCUCGAAGCCUCCUCUCUCCCUGGGCACUAAGGCCUCGUGUUGUGGCGAAAUAUCCGGUUUGAGCUGUGGGGAAUCUGUGGGACCCAAAAAGGUGAAAAUCGAGGACGAGGCUGAAGAGAUCGCGGAGGCUGGCGAUGGUGUCGGCAUUGUGUCGGAAGACGAGGAGAAAGUUGUCCUAGGAGAGUCCCACACAGCCAGUGACUCCAGGGCUGACCACCGCCCAGGGGAUCCGGAGAGCACGCGGCAGCUAGGCAGCGAGCGGAGUACCAUCGAGCAGGAGGUGGCCGAGCACCUGGCCAAGGGCUUCUGGUCAGAGCCUUGCCCAUCGACGACCAAGCCCUCGACUGUCCCCCCCAACUGGCUCAAGCAGCUGGACCUGGGCAUCAACACUCAGGACUGCCCCUUCCUCCGUGACCUGGGGGCCAUAGGCGCCCGAGUACCUGACUGCGAGGAACCCAGUCAGGGGGCCCUGGGCAGCCCCUACGUCUCCUCUCAGAACUCGGGCGAGGACUCGGACAGCCUGGACACGGAGGGGGACAGCGAGUUCUACGGCAGCGAAAGGGCAUGUGAGCUCCCAUUCUCUGUUGAGCGGAUUGCGUCUCUGAGCCGGAAUGACUUCCAGCAGAUGCUGAAGCUUCAGUGUCUGACGCGGGAACAGCUGGAUUUUGUGCACGACGUGCGACGGCGCAGCAAGAACCGCAUCGCAGCACGGCGCUGCCGCAAGCGGAAGCUUGACUGCAUCCACAACCUGGAGUGCGAGAUUGAAAAACUGAGGACCGAGAAGGACAAGCUCACCUCUGAGAGAGACCGGCUGAACCGUCAGCGGCAGAAGACGUGGCUGAGCAUCUCAGGCCUCUACGAGAGGGUCUGCAGCGAGGCGGCGCUGAGGCCAGAGCAGCUCCAGGUCCUGGCCAAGUACUCCCCCUCCGCCUGCCCGCUCUUCGCUCUACUCUCCCCCCUCAGCUCCACCUCAGCCCAGCCUGAGGCGCCACUCGAGGCCCAGGACCCAGUGCCGGCCUGCUCCUUGGGCCUCUUUCAAGCUGGCAGCUGCGGCGAACCUUCCAGCCGCUUUGCGAUGGAAUGCGGAUCGGGUGAGGGUCAAGCUACUCCCCGGGGCCUAGCUGUCCAAUGCCCCCCACCUGCCUCCACUUACUCUGGGAAGGGCUUUGCCUGCUCCACAGAGGGGACUGGUCUCAGUGCCUUCACGACCAUGCGUCCUGAGCCUGUCAGCAAGCUCAUCACAGACAAAUAGCCUGCACAGCCUACUGUUCAAAUGUUUGUCAAAAACAAGCCCUGCAGACUGAUUGAGACUGCAUACAAUGCUGCUGCAGGCUGGGAAAUAUGUUUGUUUUACAUAUCUGCAUUACCUUGAGAAUAUGCCACAGCUUUUUCAUGAAGAAUGAGAUCACUACCAUGGGUUUAGAUACAGUGUAUGUUUGUGUUUCUGUCUUUUUGUAUAAUGCACUCUUUCUCUAACAAAUGUGGUUUGUUCCAGUUUUGAGAAUUAAUAUUGUGUGUGUGUGUGUGGGGGUGGGGAUGCGUGUGUGCGUGCAUGUGUGCGUGUGUGUGUGUGU